AUGCCAAUCACAGGUGUCUACUUCAUCCCUUCACACCCGAACUCCUCAACAGCCCUGGCAACAAUCACUGAGCGCCUCCGCUCCGCCUACCCAGAUGAAGAACUCAUCCCCUUGGGCCGCUGGGCCCUAGAACAAAAAUUAAUGAGAGACACUCCAAGUCUCGUCCCUGCAUCAGCGAAUCCCUCAGCAGGGAAGCCGCGCUAUAUGCAAUUCCUUUCGCUAACCCAUUACCCCACUCAUGGCUUCAUCUACACAUCCGAAGCAGAAGGGAAGCCUUCCCACCCCUCACAUGCACCAGCCGGUGCAAGCCCAAGCCCUGUACCGGGCUCGGUGCCCAUGGUCCAAUCUCAAUCUUUGUCGCAGUCACAGUCGACUAGUAAUAGCAAUAGCUUUACCGCGUCGUCAGACUCAUCGCCUAUGAUCAUGACUGUUCUCCCUAUGCCGUCUUUCGGUAUGCUCUUCCAUCAUUUCACGUACGCGUGUCAGCCCUUCUGGGCCCAUCGAUUGACUGUCGCUGUGCCUAAUGGUGUUAUCUACGAUAUGGGUGAUUUCCGUGUGCGAUUGGGUGAUGUGCGACAGACGUUCCCGACUGCGCGACCGCGUGGAACACUUAUUGAGAUUGAGUGGCGGGGUCCAACUGUCGUGGACUCGAUUUCUUCUGCACAUUUGGGUGCUCAGAGUACAGAUGAGCAUGAAUCCGACUCUGGGAUUGAUGUGGACCUCUCUAUUGAGGAGUCGGAUGUUGAUGCGGAGUAUGCGGCUACUGCAGCUUUGAUUCGAGAGUUUUGGGGGAGACUUGGUGUUGAGGGAGCGCGAGAGGCUAUUCUUGUUCCUGGGGUUGGGGAGGAGGUUAAGGGUCGGUUGAAGAAGUGGAGGGCUGCGAAGAUGAAGAAUGACCAGGGUCCUGGGACUGUAGGGGAGAAUGAGGCGGAUGUGGAUGGUGCGGAUGUUGCGAGGCAAUAUAUGGAGGUUUUGCGAUUCAAUCGGUAG